AUGGCAACUUUAACCAACGGACAGGUGGACGGCACCGUGCACGGCGUCGGUGUGGUCUCCGCCAACACGAACGGGCUUGUGAACGGAUUAAGCCACAGCCACAGCCACAGCCCGGCGGGCUGCGCAGCCACAAUUCCCAUGAAGGACCACGAUGCCAUCAAACUCUUCAUCGGCCAAAUCCCGCGCAACCUGGACGAGAAGGACCUCCGGCCCCUCUUUGAGGAGUUCGGCAAAAUCUAUGAGCUCACCGUGCUCAAGGACCGCUUCACAGGCAUGCACAAAGGCUGUGCCUUCCUCACCUACUGUGCCAGAGAGUCGGCCCUGAAAGCCCAGAAUGCUCUGCAUGAGCAGAAGACCUUGCCGGGGAUGAACAGACCUAUCCAAGUGAAGCCAGCAGACAGUGAGAGUCGAGGAGAAGACAGAAAACUCUUUGUGGGUAUGCUCAACAAGCAGCAGUCGGAAGACGACGUGAGGCGCCUUUUCGAGUCUUUCGGCAGUAUUGAAGAGUGCACCAUCCUCAGAGGUCCGGACGGAAACAGCAAAGGCUGUGCAUUUGUAAAAUACUCUUCUCAUGCUGAAGCUCAGGCAGCCAUCAGUGCACUACACGGCAGCCAGACAAUGCCUGGUGCCUCAUCCAGUCUGGUGGUGAAGUUCGCCGACACAGAUAAGGAGCGCACCAUCCGCCGUAUGCAGCAGAUGGCUGGUCAGAUGGGCAUCUUCAACCCUAUGGCCCUGCAGUUUGGAGCCUACGGAGCCUAUGCUCAGGUGCAGCAGCAGGCGGCAUUAAUGGCGUCUGUAGGCCAGGGAGGCUACCUCAGUCCCAUGGCAGCCUUUGCGGCUGCCCAGAUGCAACACAUGGCUACCAUUAAUGGCCUCCCAGGGGCGCCCCUGACCCCCACGUCAGGUGGUAGUACCCCCCCAGGUAUCAGUGCCCCAGUGACCAGCAUCCCUUCUCCCAUUAGUGUGAACGGUUUCACUGGUCUGCCGCCCCCCCAGCCGAACGGACAGCCGCCUGCAGAGGCUGUCUUCACCAAUGGGAUACACCCUUAUCCUGUGUUGCAGGAGGUGGUUUUUAGGGAGGACUCGGAGAAAAACGGCUUGGGCGUGGCUCCGCGGAGUUGUUUUGGGGUUCAGGGUGGCUGCUUCCUCUCUUCUCUCUCUGAAGCUCAGAGUCCCACUGCAGCAGAUCCUCUCCAGCAGGCGUACACGGGAGUCCAGCAGUAUGCAGCCUACCCUGCUGCAUAUGGCCAGAUCAGCCAGGCCUUCCCCCAGCCUCCACCCAUCAUUCCACAACAGCAACGAGAAGGGCCGGAGGGUUGCAACCUGUUCAUCUACCACCUCCCACAGGAGUUUGGGGAUGGAGAGCUGAUGCAGAUGUUCCUUCCUUUCGGUAAUGUCAUCUCCUCCAAAGUGUUUGUGGAUCGGGCGACAAACCAAAGUAAAUGCUUUGGGUUUGUGAGUUACGAUAACCCAGGUAGUGCCCAAGCGGCCAUCCAGUCCAUGAACGGCUUUCAGAUCGGCAUGAAGAGACUCAAGGUGCAGCUGAAGAGGCCGAAGGACGCCAACCGCCCGUAUUAGACCCCAGCCCCACCCCCGCAGCCCCUAUUCUGGGGGCAGGGGCAGCUGCCGCACACAGGGAAACACAGGUUAUGUUGAGCUGGAUCACAUCUGGACUACUUGCUAACGGCCACCGAGCGCAAACUCGACAACUGGACCACUGAGGCUGCUUCAGAAAGGAGAGCGUUUGAUGACCCGAGUCAAGGACACCUCUGCUGGAUAAACCGAUUUGUGGGAACUCACAAAGACUUUGCAUCAGUCUGGUUAGCCCAAGGACCUUUUUUGCCUGCACACAAUGACACCUCUCUCCCCCCCCAAAAAAACCCUGCUUGAGUGACAGGUACCCUAUAUGGACUACAGAGACUUUUAGCUUAAGAAGAAAACAGUUACUAAUACAAACACAUUUAAAAUGACCAACCCCCACCGAACAAAUUAAGGAAACACGGAUGUCAGUAGUCCAAAAGAACAAGACAAACUCUGAAA